CCGAUCCGCCAAAAGCGGAGGCGGCGGAGCGGGGGAAGUUCCUCCGGCCUCCCCACAAGUGGAAGCCGCGCGCUCUCCAGAAGCCAGCGGCGCGUGGAUGCGCCAGGGAAACAAAGGGCUGGCUCUGCGCCCCGCCGCUCCGCUUGGCUCCGCUCGGCUCCGCUCCGCUCUCCGGGCCGGCGGGGGAUGCAGCCUUUCCGUUGCCUGUGGAUUAUGGGUACAACUGCCAGCACAGCCCAGCAGACAGUAGCAACAGCAACAUUUGAGAAUAUUCACGGCAGUGGAGCCAUGGAGGAUCACCAUUCCCUCAGCAUACACUCCUUCCAGACCAUUGGCCUCCACAAUAACAAAGCCAAGUCUAUCAUUACUAAUAAGGUGGCUCCUGUUGUCAUUACCUACAAUUGCAAACAAGAAUUUCAAAUACAUGAUGACUUAUUGAAAGCCAGCUAUUCUGUGGGGCGGAUUACAGAAUCUACUCCAGAACACUAUCUUGUCCAGGGGAAAUAUUUUAUGGUCCGUGAUGUAUACGGCAAAUUAGAUGUCCUGAAUACUUCCAGCACUUGUGGGGCUCCCAACUUUCGGCAGGCCAAAGGAGGAUAUGCCGUGUUCGGGAUGGGGCAGCCCAGCUUUGGUGGAUUCAAGCAAGUCCUGCAGAAGCUCCAGAAUGAUGGUCAUAAGGAAUGUAUUGUGUUCUGCAUUCGUGAAGAACCUAUACUUUUUCUGCGUAUGGACAAUGAUUUCAUCCCCUACACUCCAAGAGCAAAGGAGAACUUGAAGGAGAACCUACACAAUCUGCACAGAGGUGUCAAAGUAGAAGACCUGGAAGUCUCUAUUCGAAAAGAGAUACAUGACUUUGCCCAGCUGAGUGAGAAUAUAUAUUACGUCUACAAUGACAUUGAACGUUUCAAAGAUGAGCCGCAUUCAGUCAAAAUCUUCUGUGAAGAAGACAUCCAAGUGACAGAGGAAGUGUACAAGAGGCCUGUCUUCCUGCUGCCAUCUUAUAGGUACCAUCGGCUGCCUUUGCCUGUGGACGGAGCGCCUUUAGAAACACAGUUUGAUGCUUUCAUCAGUUUCCUCCGGGAAAGUCCAAAUCUGCUCCUUCUCCAAGAUCCCAGCAAGCCACCUCCUGCUCUGGUGUUUAGUUGCCAAACUGGUGUUGGGACGACCAAUUUCGCCAUGGUCUUAGGAACUCUGGUCCUCUUUCACCGUAAAGGUGGUCUACCAAAACAAGACCUUCCACAGUCUCCCAAAUAUUCACCCAGGGAACAAUUUCGGAUUAUUCAGAACUUCAUUGGCAUAGUACCCAAAGGGCAACAGAUAGUGGAAGAGGUGGAUGCUGCCAUUGCCUUGUGUUCAGAAAUGCACGAUGUGAAGGAAGCCAUCUAUGAAUACAAGAGGAAAUUAGAAGGAAUUGGAGAAGACUAUCAAAACCAGAAGAACAGCACCAAAGAGUGUUUCCUUCAGAAGAUGCUACAGAGGCUUGAAUGCUAUUUCUUCUUGAUUGCUUUCAAUUAUUACCUCCAUGAACAGUAUCCCCUGGCUUUUGCUCUCAAUUUCAGUCGAUGGAUCUGCAGGCACCCUGAGCUGUAUAGACUUCAAGCCAACAUGAAUCUGUCAGAACUUACAAUCACAGCGGAACACAUAACUAAAGGAAUACGGGUCCUGGUUGUGGAUGAACGGUUUUCUCCAGAUGUUCUUAGUACCAUCAAAGACAUGAAUGUGGCCAACUUCCGGAGGGUUCCUAAAAUGCCCGUGUAUGGAAUGGCUCAGCCGAACUCCAAGGCAAUUGGGAAUGUCUUGAACUACCUGACAGAUGCAAAGCGGAAACAUUCUCACAUCUUAUGGAUUAAUCUCCGUGAAGAUAUAGUUCUAGAAGAGAAUGAACAAACCUAUACCCUACGGGAAGUUGGCAAUCUGGAACAGCAGAUAACAGUACCUGUAGCAUCAUCAGAACAACUAGAGAAACUGGAAUCUGUCUUGAAGAAUGAUCUGUUGAAAUCCCAGAAACGGAUUGAGGUUUAUUUGGAACAGGAGAAGCAGAUGAAAAUGUUGAAAUCCUGCAUAACCAUGCAGGAGAUAUUUAACCAGCACAAAAGCAACUGCCAAGGGCUGGCCUACAAACGGAUCCCAGUUCCGGAUUUCUGUGGACUGAGGGAGAAGGACUUUGAUCAGAUGCUGGAAGCCAUGAAAGGUGCGCUGGCUGAAGACUUACACACAGCCUUUGUGUUCAACUGUCACAGUGGCAGAGGAAGAACUACAACAGCCAUGGUUAUGGCUGUCCUCAUACUUUGGCAUUUCAAUGGAAUCCCUGAGAUCAUGGAGGAUGAGUUUGUGAGUGUGCCUGAUGCCAAGUACACAAAAGGAGAAUUUGAGGUGGUGAUGAAAGUGCUUCAGAUAUUGCCAGAGGGACACCGGAUGAAGAAGGAGGUCGACAUGGCAUUGGACACAGUGAGCGAAACGAUGACGCCUAUGCACUAUCACCUGAGAGAAAUCAUCAUCAGUACUUACAGACAGGGGAAAACUGCAAAGGAGGAAGCAGAAGUACAGACCUUACAGCUAAGGAGCCUGCAAUUCUUGGAACGCUAUAUUUAUCUCAUUCUGUUCAACGCCUACCUUCACUUGGCCAAAAAAGACUCCUGGGAGAAACCUUUCAGUAUCUGGAUGCAUGAGGUGGCAGCCAAGGCAGGUGUCUACGAGAUCCUGAACCAGCUGGGUUUUUCUGAAUUUGAAACUCUGGACAGCCGGGCACUCUCCCAUCUUCGCUACCGCUGGCAGGAGCAAAGCCGUAGUACCCUGCCCUUCCGAGGAGAGUUCAUUUAAGACCCAGCAUUAUUUAGGACCUGGAUAAUGUGGCUUAAAUCACCACCUCUCUCUGUUUUUUUUUUUUUUUUUGAAGCUUAUGAAAUAUGUGCCUUUAAGAAGGAUUGUGUUUCCAAGAAAAAGAGGUUAAACGGCCUUAAAGACAUUUUUAGGAUUUUUUUUCCCCCAGGUAGAAUAAAAUAAAUUUAAACAAAGCUGAUGCUCUAUAACUUCUCUUGGUCCCCAGGGUGCCACAAAAGACUUUUUUUUUCCUGAGGACUUGGUGCCUAAGGUAAUUUGUAUAUUAUGUAUAUGCAGAAGUAGGAAACAUUUAAUGGGCAGCUCCAUGUGGCUUAAGUAUUUCUUGCGUGUGAAUCUCGUUGUUUUGUUAUGAUGAUGCCGAUGUACAUUUAUGAUACUUCAAUUGGUAAUCACCCUUGUUGGACAGUUGUACUGUGCCAAGGAUGGGAGAAGGUUACCUACACUGCCCAAUCUGGACCUUUCACAGCAUGUUUAAGAGGAUAUUGAAAUUUCUAGAGUGUCUGGAAUUACACACACACACACACACACACACACACACACACACGCACACACGGUGCUUCUCUGAAUACAGCAAAUGAUUAAUUCACCUGUCCUGCCUUCUUGGUCUGAAUUGGGUGAGGAGCCUAUAGACUUGCAGAUGUUAAACUACAGCUGAUCAUUUUUAAUGUCUGUGGAGAUUCUCAAUCAUCCAGAACCUAAAAAUAUUCUUAGUACCUACACUAAGGCGAGGGAUCUACAACCUAACAGAUAUUGUUGCCCCUAUAACA